AUGGCCAUCAUUCUGUUUAUUUGUAAGAGAGUUUGUCUGAGCUCGCUUAGCUGCAGCUGGGGAUCGACGAUCCCCGGGGACCCCACACCUCCCCCGCGUGUGGGGUUGGGUCUCCUCCACCGCCAGAAAGCAGCAGCAGCAACACAAGCAGCAGCAGCAGCAGCAGCACAAGAAGCAGCAAGAGCAGCAAAGACGUCGGGAGAAGCAACAACAGCAAAAGCAGCAGCAGCAGCAGCAGCAGCAGCAGCAGCAAGAACUACAGCGCCAAAAGAAACAGCAGCAAUAGCAGCAUCAGCAAGAGCUACUGCAGCGAGAGAAACAGAAGCAUCAGCAGCAGCCGCAACAGAAACAGCAGCAGCAACAGAAACAGCAGCAGCAGCAGCAGCAAGAGAAACAGCAGAAGCAGCAGCAGCACCGGCAAGCAGCAGCAGCACCGGCAAGCAGCAGCAGCAGCAGCAAGGGAAGCAGCAGCAGCAGCAGCAGCAAGAGAAACAGCAGCAGCAGCAGCAGCGGCAGCAGCAGCAGCAGGAGAGACAGACAAGAGCCUCCAAGGGUGUAACCCCGAAUUUAGUUUUGAAUCUCCGCAGUGCUUCGUCAGCAGCAGUCUGA